AUGGAUCAGAAAUUGCAACUAUUACUGGAUCGAUCUGAGUUAUUUCAUGACAACCACCAGGAACGGGAAAUAAAUCAUACCAUAAAUCAUGAGGUUGGUGUGGGUUUCAGACAUAAUCAUAAUCACCAAGUCAUUCCAAACCAUCCAACAGAUGAAGGGGUAUUUCCUAAUUACAGACCAAAGGUAGAUUUUCCUCGUUUUGACGGCGUUAACCUCAGAGCUUGGAUUUGUAAAUGCAAGAAGUACUUCUUCCUACACCAGGACUAUCAAGAAGGUAAGGGUGCUAUUUAUUGGGAUGAUUUUAUUAUAGAUGUUUGUACAAGGUUUCAAGAAUUGGGUCAUGAUAGUGUUGUAGGAGAAUUUAACAAGCUAGAUCAAACUGGUAGGGUUUUGGAAUAUCAAGAACAAUUUGAAGAAGUUAAAGCAUUGAUGUUAGCUAAGAAUAAGUCCCUUACCGAGGAUUAUUUCAUUCAUAGUUUUGUUACUGGACUGAAAGAAUACUUAAGAAUGGUUGUACAAAUGUUUACCCCUACUACACUACAACAAGUUAUAUUCUUAGCUAGAAGACAGGAAUGUAUUAUGGACAAGUAUGCUCACUCUCAACCAAAGUUUACCAACAGGCUUUCUUAUGAGAGUAAUACUCUGCCCACCUCCACUAAGGCCUCUACUCUGACACCAUUGGUCACUUCCCCAACUGUUACUAGCCCUACUACCAGCCCAAAAAUGCCACCUUUGAAGAAACUCACCUAUGCAAAAAUGAGGGAAAAAAGAGAGAAAGGACUCUGUUACAACUGCGAUGAAUUUUAUACCAAGGGACAUAAGUGUAUUAAGCAACAGUUGUACAUGAUAGUAGCUGGUGAUGAGGAAGGACUUCAUUCUGCAGAAGUUGGAGAAGGAUCCAUCCCAACUAUUAUGAAAUUAGAAGAGAAAAUGGAGAUCUCAUUCCAUGCCUUGGAUGGUAAUAUCUCUCACACCUCUAUUAAGAUUAAAGGACGGGUGAAGGGACAUGAGCUGACUAUUUUAGUGGAGAGUGGUAGCACCCACAGUUUUCUUGAUCCAUCAGUUGCUAAACGGUGUGGCACAAAUAUACUUCCUACCCAGACAUUACAAGUUACAGUGGCAGAUGGGAAUAAACUGUUGAGUCAAGCUAAGUGUCCUGGAUUUACAUGGGUUAUGCAAGGAAAUACCCUCUCUCGUGAUUUGCAUCUCCUAGAAUUGGGUGGCUGUGAUAUGGUUCUCGGGGUCGAUUGGAUGCGAGAGUUGAGUCCAAUGCUAUUUGAUUUCAAGAAACUGACCAUUACGUUUCAACACCAGGGUAAAAAUAUUGAGUUAGUUGGUCACACGGAGGAAGCUACUGUUUCUAUCAUGAAUGUUACGGCUCCUUCAACUGAUAUUGCUGCUCCAAUUGCUGAAGUCUUGGAUCAGUUUUCUUCAGUCUUUCAACUUCCAACUUCACUUCCUCCGCAACGGGCACAUGAUCACCAUAUACCAUUGUCACCCAACUCAGUCCCACCAAAUCAGAGGCCCUACCAUGUUCCAUUUGUGCAGAAGUCAGUUCUUGAGAAACUAGUGCAAGAGAUGCUCAUAGAUGGGUUUAUCCAACCUAGCCACAGUCCGCUUUCUUCUCCGGUGCUGUUGGUAAAGAAAAAAGAUGAUGACUGGCGUUUCUGCGUGGACUAUCAUAAGCUGAACUCCAUGACCAUCAAAGAUAAGUAUCCUAUUCCUAUUAUUGAUGAGUUGCUUGCAGAGCUUCGUGGCUCUAAAAUCUUUAAACUAGACCUUCAAUCUGGAUAUCACCAGAUUUUAGUCCACCCUCCAGACAUACAAAAAACUGCUUUCCGUACACACCAUGACCAUUUUGAAUUUUGUGUCAUGCCUUUCGGGCUCACCAAUGCCCCGUCAACAUUUCAAUCACCAAUGAACGACAUUUUCAAACCUCAUCUUAGGAAAUUCAUCCUUGUUUUCUUCUAUGAUAUAUUGAUUUAUAGUCCUGACUUAACAUCACAUUGCACUCACCUUCGUAUUGCACUGUCUCUUCUACAACAACAUUCACUCUUCGUCAAGUGUAGUAAAUGUUGUUUUGGACAGCCUCAGGUCGAAUAUCUAGGUCAUAUCAUUAGUCACGCAGGGGUCGCUAUUGACCCUGCUAAAAUUGAGUGUAUGUUAAAGUGUCCUAGACCUACAACUCUCAAGGGUCUGCGUGGUUUCUUAGGUUUAACAUGA